UCGUAUGUCGUUUUUAAUUUUUCCAAUAAGUUCAUGAAUUCGUCCAUUUCCAUCGCAAACAAAACUUUGAUUACACUAUUAGACUCUAUUCAAUUAAUUUAGCUGGUCAGGCUUUACCUUUAUGUCUUUAAUUAAACAUAAUAUUCAACAUAAUUCUAAUGGUACGAUGGAUUAUUCAACAGUGUGCCGAACUUGUCUCGGUAAAACGGCUUUGAGGCCCAUAUUCGCUUCAAAUGCGGAUUACAGGCGUCAUGCUAGUGCUGUGUUCAUUACUACAGGCAUAAAAGUUGAAAUAAAUGAUGGCCUGCCGCAGCAAAUGUGCACAACAUGCAUUAACUACAUCAACAGUUCCCUAAAAUUCCGAAGACAGUGUAAAAACUCAGAAAACCGGCUUCUCCAACUGAACCAAUCAAAUGAUUCAAAUAAAGAAACAUUAACUAACAGUAACAAAAUAGACGAUUGUGACACUGAAGAUUUAAAAUGUAAUAUUUUGAAGACUGAAUUGAAAUAUGAAUUUGAAUUGCCAGAUGAAUUGGAAACUGUCAAAUGUGAAGAUUCUGUUGGAGGAAAUGGUACUCCGCUCGGCUGUUUUAAAACUAAAAAUAAUGAAGAGAAAGGUUGUGAUGUACUGGAAGAUGUGAAGGUGAUAGGAAACACAAAGUGUGUAAAAAAAAGCAAAGUACAAAGGGUGUCCUGCACGAUAUGCGGCAAGGACCUGUCGGUGCGGAGUAUACGCGCGCACGUCGCGACGCGACACGCCGGGCUCCGGUGCGGGUAUUGUAAGUUAGAGCAUGGCAGUAAAGAGGCUCUCGCGACACACGCGGCUCAGUGCCCGCUGAAGAAAAAACGACGGGUUUCCGAUUCGGGCAAGGAGUUAGUAUCUUGUGACGUGUGCCACAAGCGGAUGCAGAGAAACAGUCUGCGCGCGCACCAGGCCGUCAAGCACAAGGGGCUAGGACCUGUUUGUGAGCACUGCGGGCGUCGUUUCGGCAACAAGUUGCGGCUGAGCGAGCAUCUCCGCGCGAAACACGGUUACGACAAGCUGCAGUGCAGCCACUGCGAGUUCAAGAGCUCGAGCCGAGCCGCCCUUGAGAACCACGAGCGACGCCACCGAGGAGAGAAACCUUUCGUCUGCGAAACGUGCGGCGCAAAGUUUCACGCGGCGUAUCUGCUAGCCCAACACCGACAUAGCCACCGCACCGAAAAGCGCAUUAAGUGUGGCCUAUGCGGCGCAGCGUUCAAAGCGACGAACAGUUUGCACGCGCACCGCGCGGCGCGGCACGGCGCGCGGUGCCACCGCUGCCCGCUGUGCGCGCGCGCCUACUCCUGCCGACACUACGCUGUCAAACAUUUACGCGCCGUGCAUGGCUUUAAGGGCACGGUGCCACCGCUACAAGUCGACCCGGCUCCGACGUGAAACAGUCAUCUACGUAACGUCGCAAAUUAUACAAACAUUAUGAAAAUA